ACUUCCACUAUGCUGUGUAGUUUUAUUCAGGGCUGAAAGGCAACACAUGGAUCGCUGUAGCGACGUAACGCGGCGUAGCGUGAUUUGACGUAACGUGACGUGCGCCGUCUACCCCGGCUAAGAGAAGCGUGUUAGCAGAUUUUUCUAUUUUGUACAUACAUUGUUUUGUAUAUACUGUAUAUGAUGACUUCGUUAGUCACCGACCGACCCCGGGGCACUCGGGAGAAAGUGCUACCUGCAGCACCACAAGCAGUACAGAUACAGGCUACAGCAGAACAGAUUCGCCUUGCUCAAGUGAUCUAUGACAGCAAUGAUACGGUCUUUGAGGAUAAAGUCAAACAGCUGAUGGAAGUAACAGGGAAGAAUCAGGAUGAGUGCAUGGUAGCCCUUCAUGACUGCAAUGAGGAUGUCAACAGAGCCAUCAACUUUCUCCUUGAGGGCAGCUCAGAUACGAAUUCUUGGGAGACCGUGGGGAAAAAACGAGGUUUGCCGAAGGAAGGAUCUUCAUCAGACAAGGAGAAUAAAGAGAGCCGGGAAAAGAGAGCAGAAAGAGAGGCUGGUCGGGGUCGUGGGGGGCCAAACAGGAGGGGCCGUGGAGCUGUCCGUAACCGGGAGGUGUGUCUGGAGGAGAACGGCGUGGACCUGCAUCAGGGGGAAAGGGGGGCGGACAGGGGCCGCCGGGGGCGAGGCAGAGCUUCAGGUGGUCGAGGAAGGGGCCGGGCAGCUGGUGGCAGCAAGUUUUCAUCACAGGGAAUGGGGACCUUUAAUCCAGCAGAGUAUAGCACAGACUCCAAUACAGCUGCAGGAGGCUCUCGCUCUGAAGACUGGGAGACAGCAGUGACAGAGGCGGUAGAUGGAAGAGGGGCUUGGACGGUUCCACAAGACGACUGGGCCACAGAUGAUUGGGCAGAAGAUCUUUCGGAGACCAAAGUAUUUACUGCCUCUUCUGCUGAGAACCACAUCCCAUCUGGAGACAGUGUGGAUGCAGAGAGCCUCCUGCUGAAACCUGUGGAUGGAAGAGAGUCUGAGGAUAUGGGAUGCGUGGAGCCGUCCUCCCAAAGCCUUGCCCAUAGCCUGGUGUUCACCAAUUCCCACCACCCUCACACCAAUCCAACCAGCUAUGCACACGCCACCCUGUCCUCAGUCCUCGGUUCAGGCUUUGGAAACUUGGGCAGCUCCAAGCUGCCGCUGUCAGCCCAAAUUCUAGAGCAGCAAAAGGGCCCAGGGAUCGGACAGCUGGCUGCAGAACAGGCCGUCUCUGGGGGCAGCAGUGGAUCUGUGGGAGUGUCUGGGGCAUUGGAGGUUGAGAACCCUGUCCCCACUUCAUCUUGGGAGGCCAAGCCGCCGGUUUCACAGAAUACCACUGUGCUGUCUUCUCCUUUUGGUAGGGAUUAUAAGGUGCAGCCAGAGCCUUCCCGGGUCCUGAGCCAACUGGCCCAAAGGCAGUCGAACUCUCUGCCCCGGGUUCAACCAGCUACCCCACCCACAGCUCCUGCUACCUCAGCUCCAAGCUUCGAGUCCUUUUCCAAACCUCAGGAUGCCUCUUCAACCCAGAACGGACCCUCGCCAGUUGCCAAACUGUCUCUCCCAGCUGGCUUGCCCCCUCCCCAGGAAGCCAUCAUGCAGCACAAACUUAAAACCCAGAAACGCAAAAUACCUCCAACUUCAAAGAUUCCUUUGUCAGCAGUAGAGAUGCCUGGUUCUGCUGAUGUCUCUGGGUUAAAUGUGCAGUUUGGGGCUCUGGACUUCGGGCCGGAAGCAUCCUUGCCUGAUUUCAGCCAUCCAGACAAUGGGAGCAGUGGCAUUACUUCAACCAACAGGGAUCCAGUGCCAGUAUCUCAGCCUUUAAAUAGCCACUAUUCCAAGUCUCCCAGGUCAGGUGCAGUUUGUGAACCUCUUGGGAGCCCUCAGUCUCUACCAAUGUCAACAUCUGACUCGAGUUACUCCUCGCCGUCUGCCUCUCUUUCCACGUUGCCCUCUUCCCUGCCCCUGUCGCAAACCAUUUCUGCAGCACCCCAUUCUUCUUCGUCAAGCAGUACUUUUGAUACAAAUGGGCCCCCUCAUCCACACCUUACCUUCUCGCAGGGCAAGGAACCCACAACCUCCUCUGUCACGAAUAGCUUUGACUGUGUCAGGACUUCAACUGCACUUGAAACUGCAGUUGCUUCUUCUGCAAAGCCAGACUGUCCUCAGAGCAGUGUGAGCAGUUCAGCUCGGCCUCCUGUCCUGCUCCCCUCAUCCACACCAAGCCUUAGCUCUGAACUCCCCACACUGAGCAGUCAGGUGACUAGCCUGCUCUCCAGUUGUACCCUUGCAUCCAGUCCCUCUUUCACGAAUACCAGUGUGAACUCCCACAGCGCCUCGGUCUGUGUCCUGUCCUCAGCGCCAGCUCCGCUCAGCGCGAGUGCGGUCAGUGUGGCCAGCGCUGUGCAUGGGACCGCAGUGACGGGCAGCACGCUGGGGAUGAGUAGCAAUGGGGCAGCUACCCUUCCUGGGUGCCGCAGCACGCCCCUGUUACAGUCGUCCUCUGGCAAAGCUCCGCCCAAUCUUGCCCAGGGCGUGCCUCCUUUACUGCCAAGCCAGUACAUCAUGGGGCCAGGGGGUCUUCUUCCUGCAUACCCGCAGAUCUACGGGUAUGAAGAGCUCCAGAUGCUGCAGUCCCGACUGCCCAUGGAUUACUAUGGGGUCACAUUUCCAGGCCCUGCAGCAUCACUCACUGGCAGAGAUGGGAGUCUGUCCAACAGCCCUUACUCAGGUGAAAUGACAAAGUUUGGCAGGGGUGAUUCUGCCUCCCCUGCCCCUUCUACCAGCCUGUCUGCACCUCCCCCUCCACAAGCCCAGCAGCCCCUCCAGAGCCAAGCCCAGCAGCAGCCGCCAGGCCACCACAGCGGCCAGCAGGCCUUCCUGAACCCCGCCUUACCGCCGGGCUACGGCUACACGGGUCUGCCCUACUAUCCCGGGUUGCCGGGGAUGCCCAGCCCGUUCCAGUACGGACCCAUGUUCGUGUCGCCUGCCUCAGCCAAGCAGCACGGCGUUGGCCUCAACAAUCCUUCCACCCAGUUCCAGCAGGCCAGCGGUUAUGGGCAGCAUGCCUAUGGUUCAGGGUUUGAUGAUCUGACACAAGGCCCGACGGGUGGAGAAUACGGCAAAGGGGCCUAUGGCAGCUCCACCCAAACACAGGCCAAAUCAGCUGCUACUGGACCUGGGAAAGGUAUAUCGGUCUCAUCUAACAAUGCAGUAGGACCAGACUUGAGUGCCACAGUUUACAAUAAAGCCCAGUCCUUCGACAAGCAAGGUUUUCACACUGGGACACCCCCACCUUUCAACCUGCCCUCAGCACUAGGGGGAGCGGGCCCCUUGAAUCCAGGGAGUGGCCCUGGUUAUGCCCCCGCCCCUUUCCUUCAUAUCCUACCGGCACAUCAGCAGCCCCACUCCCAACUGCUGCAUCACCACCACGCGCAGGACAGUCAGGGCAGCUCUAGCCAACGCAGUCAGUCAAGCAGCAUACAGCAGAAGACCCCAGCCAACAAGUCAACCUACGGCAGCUCUGCUUACUGGGGCAACUAAUUAAGGGGUGCAAAGAGCUUCCCUCCCUGUGCUCUCACCCUACCUCUCGUGUGCUGACCCUUUCCCAGGAAGCACAGUCUGACUGGUGUGAAGCUAAACAGAUACACAUACACAAGCGCACCCACACACACACUACCAAUUUGCUUCCCCCAGUUCUCCUUUUACUUUUUCUUUUUUCUCAAUCUCCUGGUUGUUAUACGUGUAAGAUAUUUAUGUAUUUAUAUACUGUAUAUGUAAUAGUAGAAAUGUGAUUUCUGCAUUUGAAGGAUUUUUGUUUACAAGUUGUAGGAAGAUGAUGCAUUAUAGAAAAGAAAAAAGAAAACUUAAGAGAGAACUUUAAUUGGGGGGCAUUUUAAAUUGUCCUUAAGUUAAUUUUAAUGUGAACUUUUUAGAAGAAUUUUUGUAUUUUCAUUUAAUAUUUCAGGGUUGGUUCACGGUUCUUGACCAACACCAUGAUGUUCUUGAUUGACCCACACAAGUACCAUCCCAACUGUUACUUCAUUUUAGUCCAUAUUAUACACCAAAUAAAAGUUCUGAAGUCAGUG